GCAACCAUGAAACGGAACGCAGCGAGCGCUACGGUCGUGCUGGCCCUCCUAGUUGUCGGGCUAGCCAUCACUGAUGCGCAAACCAGAGACUACUCCCUAAACCAGGACCUGCUGCGACUCCUGGUAGAGAAGAACUGGCGCGGCAUUCCCCUGCAAGCUCGUUGGGAAGCGCCGCGGGUGGCAGCAGAGAUGGCUGAUCUCGAGGGACCACCCCCGUAUCGCGAAGACCAAAGGAACUAUAUUGAUGAUGAAAUAAGGGCUGGUUUGGAGAAGCGGUCGGCGGUGGCGACUGCGCUGAACUCGGGGCGUCGGCGGCGGCAACCCACGCCGGCGCUCGGAGUGCUAAACGACGUGGGAUCAUUCUUCGACUCCCUGCGCGAGAACCUGGAGACCAUGGCUUCACUGUCCCCUGAGGAACGAUCCAAUUUCUUCCACGAGCCGCCAACUGUGGUCCAAGCGCCUGCUAGCGGCGGCGGUGGUGGAGGCAUGCACAAGAUCUACUCUCUGCGCCCGGUCAAACCCUUCGGCAGUAUCAGAUCUUACAACCGCAGAUCGUAUGUGGAGGCGGAUCAUGGAUACCCGGGGGCCAACAACCACGACCCUGGCCUGCUGUGGACCGGACUCGGGCGGUAGAUACCCCCCCAUGCCCUCGCGACGCGCGCAGCCCACUCACGCAGACCCACGCAUCACAAAUCCUUACCCUGGGUACUCGAAUACCCGCAAACCCGAUACCCGUUUGAUAAAGUUCGAUUCCAAUAGCGAUUUAAGUUUGUCGGAUCUGAUUUUAGCGCUGCAGGAAUUUUGUUAUGUUUAAAAAUACUCGCCAAGCCUUUAAAUGUAAGGAUCCCAAAAUAUAUUUCAAUGGCAUCUAUUUACGAAAUAAGAGUUCAAUCAUAAACUAUGAUUAAGGAAACAUAGAUAUGACCAUCUCAUAUAUUCAGGGAUAUCUUAAGUUAAAGAAACCAUGGUAAAACGAAAUGGUAUGAGAUUUGUCAUAUACCUUCAUGAUUAAUAUUUUAGUUUAAAGCUAUUGAGUAUGUUUUUAAUUAUUUAAUUUCCUAAUUGAAUAGACUGGUUGAAUCAUUGAAGUAAUUAAUGUCUAGCAGUUUAGUACGUAGGAGUUUCAAAUGUUUUAUAUUUUUAUUUAUUAUUCUAACAUUGGCUUAACUUGCUAGACGCGAACUAUUUCGACAUAUUUUAAUUUAAAUGAAAGUAUAUGGCUAUCUAAUUAUAUUCUAGUCGUAGUAUGUUUUAAUUUAUUAUGGAAUAUUACCUCACUUUCCGCAUACCAACUGCCCAAAAUACGCUUCAGUAAGAUAAAAAAUUAAAUUAAGAAUAUUUAACUUUCUUCAUUCGACAAUCAGUUUGAAAAUUCAUAAUCGCAUUAUUAAUUUUACGUUCGGAAAAUAGUGUUUCAUAACCAAUGCAUUUAUAUAUCUAGUCAUAAUAAUGUAUUUAAAUUUUGGUCAUUACUCGAAUAAAUUCGAAAUUUUCUUAAUACUAAAUAAUUAAAAU